UUCAAACAAUAUUUUGUUGAAAUUUAAAAAAAGAAGACGAGUGUUACCUAACCUCAAAAUUUUAUUUGUAUCUAACCUUUAAGAAAAUAUAAAUAGGGGUGUAUAAUUUAGUCGUAAUAAUGCAGAAUUCUACAGAGUGUCAAUUACAAAUUAGAUUUAUAACUAAACAAGAAAUUUAUGCAGUUCCAGAUGUACCCCUUUCAGUACCCCAAGCGAUAGAUACGAGUUCUUUAAAUGCAUUAAUAAAUCAGUUAUUGAAAGAAAGUAAUUUCGAUUAUUUGAAACCGAUAGAAUUUGAUUUUCUUGCAAUUGGGGAACUAUUGAGAGUUCCUCUUAUUAACCAUUUACAAGAACGGAAUGUAUCAACAGAAACUACUAUAGAUAUUGAAUAUUUAGAAAGAACUCCAGCUCCGGAACCAAAAAAUUCCUUGUUGCAUGAUGAUUGGAUAUGUGGAAUAGAAACAUUGGACAAAUGGAUAUUAACAGGAUGUUAUGAUAACUCCAUAAAUAUAUGGACAACACAUGGAAAACUGAUAAAAUCUUCAAAGGAACACAAAAAUAUGGUAAAAUCUGUUACAUGGAUAGAUAAAUCUGAUGCUAGUAAAGGAUUUAUCAGUGUAUCUCAUGAUUUAACAGCAUUGGUGUGGUCAUUUCAGCCUGGUACUGAUAAUGUAACACCAAAAGCAGUUUUAAGGGGUCACGAAAGAGGUAUAGAUAGUGUUGGUGUCAGUCCAAAUGCAUUAAGAAUAGCAACUGGAGGUUGGGAUACAAAUUUAAAACUAUGGACUACAAGUUUGGAAGAAGAGGCAAAUGAACCAGCACACAAAAAGAGCAGAAAUAAUAACAGUGUGAUAACCAAAACACCGAUUAGUACUCUUAAAGGGCAUAAAGAAACUGUUUCAGAUAUAAACUGGAUUGAUAAUUAUGUAGUAUCCACCAUUUCAAUGGACCACACUAUUAAAUUUUGGGAUGCCGAACUAUGUGGUAUAAAGAAUGAAAUUGUCGGUCAAAAAGCAUAUCUCAGUUCCUCUUGGUCGCCAUUAUCAAAUGCGCUCUUGGCUUCAUCUGCAGAUAGACACAUCCGUUUAUACGACCCAAGAUCUACAGAAGGAUCUUUAUGUAAAACCACUUUUACGUCCCAUACUUUAUGGGUUAGUUCUGUGAUGUGGUCGACAUAUGAUGAGCAUUUGUUUUUGUCUGGAGGAUACGAUUCUGCUGUGAAAAUGUGGGAUACUCGAAGUCCUAAAGCACCUCUUUACAAUCUACAAGGACACGAGGGACAAGUUUUAAAAGUGGAUUGGUCAAACAGGAAAUACAUGGUGUCAGGGGGUAGUGAUAAUAGUGUACACAUUUUUAAGAAUAAACAUAUUUAAUAAAAUAGGUUACAAAAACAAAAA